UAUAAAGUGUGACAAGUGUGGAAGGGGCCGGGGGGUGAAGGACUUUUAGUUGUUUGCGUGUGUCCUGCGCAUGGACGCCCACAACCUGCUUCCUGCUUCCCCUCUGCAGCCAAUGGGCAUCCUCUCCAUCCUGGAGGAGGAGUGCAUGUUCCCCAAGGCCUCUGAUGUGAGCUUCCGGGCCAAACUCUAUGACAACCAUGCUGGGAAAUCACCCAAUUUCCAGAAGCCUCGACCAGACAAGAAGCGCAAAUACGAAGCCCAUUUUGAGAUUGUGCACUACGCCGGGGUGGUACCUUAUAGCAUCGUUGGAUGGUUGGAGAAGAACAAGGACCCUCUGAACGAGACUGUGGUCCCAGUCUUCCAGAAAUCUCAGAACAAACUGUUGGCCUCCCUCUAUGAGAGCUACGCAGCCUCUACCUCUGCUUCGGCUGAGGGCCCCAAAUCCGGGGUGAAGGAAAAACGGAAGAAGGCGGCAUCGUUUCAGACGGUGUCCCAGCUGCACAAGGAAAACCUCAAUAAAUUGAUGACCAACCUCCGGGCCACCCAACCACACUUUGUCCGAUGCAUUGUCCCUAAUGAGACCAAGACACCAGGAGUCAUGGAUGCCUUCUUGGUGCUACACCAGCUACGCUGCAAUGGGGUUCUAGAGGGGAUCCGCAUCUGCCGCCAGGGUUUCCCCAACCGCCUGCUUUACAUGGAUUUCAGACAGCGGUAUCGCAUCCUGAAUCCCAGCGCUGUCCCAGACGACACCUUCGUGGAUAGCAGGAAGGCCACGGAGAAGCUCCUCUCCUCACUGGACAUUGACCACACACAGUACAAGUUUGGUCACACCAAGGUGUUCUUUAAGGCCGGGCUGCUGGCGGUGCUGGAGGAACUUCGGGAUGAGCGAUUGGCCAAGAUCCUGACCUUGCUGCAGGCCAGGAUCCGGGGCCACCUCAUGCGCAUUGAGCACCAGCACAUGAGAGGGGGAAGGGAUGCCCUCUACACCAUCCAAUGCAACAUUCGGGCUUUUGCGGCCGUGAAGAACUGGUCCUGGAUGAAGCUUUUCUUCAAGAUGAAGCCACUGCUGCGCUCUGUGCAGGCCGAGGAGGAGCUGGGGGCCCUGAGAGCCGAGGUCCGGGGCCUGCGAGGUUCCCUGGCGGAGGCCGAGGCCAAGAGGCAGGAGCUGGAGGAGAAGCACAUAAGCAUCGCCCAGGAGAAGAAUGACCUGUCUCUGCAGCUACAGGCU